AUGUGCAUCUCUGAAGACGGUAAAUGCAGGCCUCUGGGGUUUCUGCUAGGGCUUCUCUUUGCCUUCUUGUCUCUGCCCCUCUCUCAGUUGGUAUUAAUAUGCAUGUGCCCAUGUUGCCUUUGUGUGCCCAUCAUGGUUGAGUUUGCUUUAGCUUUGAUCAAAGCUCCAAUGUUGGUGAUGGAGUGGUUCAUCUCUAAGAUUCCAUGUUAG